GCUUCUAUUAAAUGAUGCAGUCAAUUACCUAAACUCGUCUACUUCGUAAAAUGAUUAUCAAUCGAAUAAUUGAUGUAAAUAGAAAAUUGUUUGGUUCCGGUAUCCGCCUUGAAAUAUGGUUUAUUUUAAAAUACUUUAAGUGCCGAUAAAAUUCGAUAUGGAUCCACCUAAAGUUACAGGACUUUCUCCAAAGGAAGGAGAACCAGGAACUAAAGUAGUUUUAAGAGGAGAAAAUUUAGGAGUUUCUCAACGUGAUCUUUUAAGUCUGACCAUUUGUGGCAUAGAAUGUUUAAUGUAUGCAGAAUGGCAUUCACCUAGCAAAAUUGUUGCUCGGUGUGGAGCUGCUCGAGUUGCACAGUUUGGUGAUGUUAUAGUUACCACCAAAUCUGGUGGUAAAGGAACCUGCACAGUUCAAUUUAAAGUAUUAGUCAGAUGCAUUGGUCUUACUGAUGAAUCAGCUGUUUGGGUUGAUGAAUCAUGGUUUGGAAAGAACAGGCCAACUUCACCUUCUCAAUUAUACCCUGAUGAUCCUCUUCGUCUCUCAGAUGAAUCUAGCGUGGAGAGAUUUCCUGUUGAUGAUUUGCAAGAAAUAUUUCCAGAAGGGUCUGGCAACAUAUUGUCUCAUAACUUUGAACCAACUUGGUAUCUUUUAGAGAAUCAUCAUGGUGCUCGCUUUGACGAUUUAAAAACCGGACUUGCAUUCUUACGAAGAAAAGUUGAAACUCACGAUGAAGGUCCUUUGGCAUUUAUGAAAUCUAAUGUUAGCUCUGUUAUGUCCUGUUUAGAUGCUCUUGAUAAUUUAAAGUCUGGCUUAGAAAAAGAUGUUCAAGCUUUGGGUAAUAAUCUUGCUGUACCCGCAGAUCAGGCUAUACAAAAAGCAAAAGAGGAAGCUUUUGAUCUUUUUGAAGAAAUGUUAUCUCGUAAAGAAAAGGCUGACUCUACAAGAAACGCUUUGAGUGUUUUACAGAGGUUCAGAUUUCUAUUUAACUUGCCUGCCAACAUUGAGAAAAACAUCAGGAAGGGAGAUUAUGAGAUGGUAAUUAAUGACUAUGCUAGAGCUAAAUCCUUGUUUCAUGAUACAGAAGUUGCAGUGUUUAAAAAAGUUUAUUCAGAGGUGGAACAGAGAAUUGAACAUUUUCGAGCAAUGUUGCUAGAAAAAUUAAAGGACCAGCCUUCAACUGUUGAAGAGCAAAAGCGAUUAGUAAAAUUUUUAGUGAAUUUAGAGACGCCCAACGAUCCUGCUUGGCAGUGUGUCAUUCACACUAAGAUGUGGCUCCUGAAUGUUCUGAAUGAGUUGAAAGAUACUCACAUUACAUUAGCUUCCUCUCAUGAAAAGCGGGAAGCAGGAAAUAGUCUGUCUCAGCUGGAUAUGCCACAGUUAGUCAAAUUCAUAGUUGAAAUUACAGAAAGAUUUAGUGAGCACUUCCCAAAUUUGUGGAAACUUGGACAAGCAUAUCUUGGAGGGCAACUGCAUAUUAGAGAGAAUUCUGAUGCUUCUGAUAAAGUGGGUCUUCCAAAGAAUAUUCAAUUCAAAAAUAUGGUUCUGGAGGUAUCUCAGAAAGUGUGUUGCCUUAUCCGUAUGGGGAUUCUUCCUGAUAGCCUCCAUGCCCUCUCAGUGCAACAACUUCAAGCUUUGGGAUCUUGGCCUAAAACUGAAAAUCUCACUCCCUGGCUACCACAUUGCUUACGUUGCAUCAGGAAUUGCUACUCUGCUCUGUUAAAACUGGAAAUGCCAGAUGAUAUGCUCAACUCGAUUCAGAUGUUAAUAUUUGACUUGAAAGUGCAUGCAAUGAAAACUCUAUUCCAACAAGCUUCCCAUGAUAUUCAACAUUUGAAUGAACGUGAAACUUGGAUUGUUGAAAUUGAUGAUACAAAUGGAGGGACAACACAAUUGCCUUUGCUCUUUGAGAAUAGGGUUGUAGAAACACUGCAACUGGUGCGUGAAAAUGUACUACAACAUGGACCAAAAGAAAAUGAUAUAUUUCUUCAGUUAAAUGUUCAAGGAGCUGUGAAACAAUCUUCUCAAAGUAUGCUUCAAGCAUUUGCUAUUUCUUUGGAAAAAAUGGUGCAGGAAAUCAAGAGUAAAGAUGAUCGAUCUAGGUUACUUUUGCAGAGGUCAUUCAAUCAAAAUAUGUUUAUGGAUGAGGACAAUGAAGUUCCUUCUGAUGAUGCAAAAUGUCUUAUAAUAUUGAGCAAUUGUACUUAUACUGUAAAGAAUAUCAUUCCCAGAUUGCAGGAUAGUUUCAUUAAGUAUGGAUACCCUGACAUGCAACUAGUUAUAAAGAGCAGUAUUGCCCGCUUUCAAGAGGUUAUUUCUAAGCUAUUUGAGGCAUAUGUAGAGCGCAAAGCUGAUCCGAUUGUUGGGGCAAUAGAACCAAGAAUGUAUGCUAGCUGUUUUAGUUGGGAAUCAGAUUACAAGCCAACAGGUGUUAGUAUUUACAUUAAACAGACUAUUCUGGACAUGAGUGAAAUCCAUGCAGAGGUGUUUUCUGUUUCUCCUCCUUUUGUGAGUAAAGUCCUCACCAAAGUGGUUGAAGGUGUUGUGGAAGAACUAGCCAGAUUGUAUGAGUGUGCUGAAAGCUUUCAAGGAAAUGGUAACAUCCAAGCUACUCUCAACAUUCGAGCUCUGGAAGAUGUAAUGUCAGCAUACAAGACAAAUAGUACAAAUAAAUAUUUCAUGUCAUGCAGAGGAAAAUUGAAGCCAUUUCCAAACCCUAAAGAUGCCGAGUUGGUGAAUGAUUUGCUGAGAACUUUCAAAAAUCAGAUUUGGUUACAACUGCUGUGUUUCAAAGAGAAUCUUGUUAGUGUUUAAUAACAUUUUUGUACUGAUCGACUGUGAUGUCUUGUUAUUCUGAUUAUUAUGAGUUUAUUAGAUAUUUUUAUGACCAAAAAUGGAUGUCUAAAUUUAUGAUGUCAUGCUAUGCAUUUUGAAAAUAGCUAUAUAUCUAAUGUAAAUUAUUAAAGUUUAUUUAUUUACUUA